GGGGAGGGGGUGAUACAGAAAGUUUGGGAAGCACAAGAGCCAGAAAGAAACGGUGGUGUUGUGAACAAUAAGGUUUCAAGUUCCAAGAUGAAGCUGACUGGAAUAGCUAUGUUGUGUUUCUCCCUUCUUUUGGUUCAAAUGCAUUUUUCCUCGGCCAAGAAAAAAGGAGGGUUUGGUCUCUUUAAGAAGGCCUCCAAAACCAGUAAUCUGGACACUAAGUCUAAGGGUGGAAUCCUCAAACAGCCUAAAAAACCUGAACAAGGGGGCUACCCUCAGCAACCAGGCCGACCAGGGGGUUAUCCUAACCAAGGAGGUUACCCCCAGCAACCAGGGGGUUAUCCUAACCAAGGAGGUUACCCCCAGCAACCAGGCCGACCAGGGGGUUAUCCUAACCAAGGAGGUUACCCCCAGCAACCAGGGGGUUAUCCCAACCAAGGAGGUUACCCCCAGCAACCAGGGGGUUAUCCUAACCAAGGAGGUUACCCCCAGCAACCAGGCCGACCAGGUGGUUACCCCUACCAAGGAGGUUACCCCCAGCAGCCAGGAUACCCAGCUGGAGGCUAUCCAGCAGGAGGUUACCCAGCACAAGGCUACCCAUAUGGAGGAGGUUAUGGUGGCCAUGGUAGUUACGGUGGUUAUGGAGGUGGAUACAUGAACUACAACCCAAACAACAAAGUCUUGAGCCCUCGCUAUGGGGGCAGCUUUGGAUACGGGGGUCAUGGCACUGGGGUCGGCUCUCCCUUUUCCCACUCAGUUCAGUCGAUGGGCAUGUAUCCUUCUGAUAAAUCCAGAGGGUUUGGACGCAGUGCCGUGAUGGCAGCAGCUGGAGGAGCUAUGGCAGGGAUGGCCCUGGGCUACGGGCUAGGAAGGUUCCCCCGUCCUCCCUUCCACUUCCACAGCCCCCAAGAGGAGUAUUACUACAACCAUUACAUGUACAGGAAGUAUGGUACCAAGUCUACUGAUAGCAAUGACUACAGCAGAGACUACAGCUACAGCAAACCCCCUGAAACCUAUGAUAGCUACAUGGACUCCUGCAUGAAGAGAACCGACAUUCUGCCUGUGGAGAAUCAAAAGCCAAACAACAAACCAGUUGUUACUACAACAACUAUGAUUACAACUACUUCUGCAACUAGCACAACCACUGCUGCCCUAGACUCUGGCAUUAGCAACAACACAACAGAGAGCAACAGCACUGCAGCUGCAAACUCAACAACCUCAUCUUCAACUCCACUCCAUCCAAACAAGUCUGAAGACAAUCCAGUGCCUCCAGCUUCACGGCUUCUCAUGAAAGCUACUACCAAAGACGAUGAUAAUGAUGAUACAGUCAGCAUUGUGGAGAUCGGCUACCCGGCACUGAUUGAGCAGAUGAAGGCCAGGAGAUGUGUUGAGCUGUACAUGGUAUACUCUGAAAAGUACUUGAAGAAAAAGACGGAGCCCAACAGCACUGGUGGGGUGCAGGGACUGGAGAUGGGCUUGCAAGGGCUUUUAGCUGUGAUCAUAAGUUUGAUGCUGAUGCUACUGAACAGCAACUAGCUAAUGCUGCUGUGCUGAGGUGUGCAACAUAGACUGUGUUAAAGACAUUAACGGCCCCACAGAGCUUCGAGCAUACUGUAGCCGUAGACUCCGUUGAUUUAUUUAUUCAAGCCAACUCUCCAGUGAGGGAAUCAUUGAGCACCCUGGGGCGAGUACAUGGUGAUGAGCUGUGUAAAUAAACAGCUCUGUAAUAAUGGAUACGUGCUUUAAGUGUCAUAUAGUACUUGUGUAAAUAAACUCAAGGGGUGCUAAUGUUGGAGGAAUGUCUGAUUCAAAGAGUGAAUAUGAUAUUGAAUAAUAAGAAUAAAGUGCAUUUUAUAAUAUAUGUGCUUCAGACAGCAGUUUUACAUUGUGAGCAUAACUGAAUAUUUGUAAUGGAUCAUAUUUUCCCAUUUUUGUACUAAAUGUCACUGAACCUUUAUUUAUUCAUCAUACGGUUCAUUUAAAUACAGAAAAUCAAAUGAGAAUCUUUUGAUGAUUGUUGUUGGUACACUAGUUUAUUUGGAUGAAACACUGAGUAUCUAUGCAUGUUGUAUUAACACUUUAUGUAAUGUGUUACUUCCAUUGGAAUCAAUGCAAAAGAGUCGGCUACUUUUUUAAAUAUUUAUUAUGUAAUAUUCUAAUGUAUUUUGGAUUAUGUUUGUAAAAA